GUGCUGAUACCUUGGAAUGAGCACACUAUAAAAGAGAACAAGGCUCCUAGUAAGAAAGCAUAUAGUUUUUUUUCAAACAGUGACAGCUUUCUGACCUACUUUGGCUUUGUUUGCUUUGUUUUUGUGACCUGCAAUGAGUGAAAAAAAUGGAGCUGUCAAGAAGAGAAGAUCAAACCAGGCAGAUGUUCCUGAUAGUCUUUGCCAAGAAGCAGAAACAUGCUAUCGGCUUAGACUGCCUGAGGACUUCUACCAGUUUUGGAAGUUUUGUGAGGAACUAGAUCCUGAGAAACCAAGUGAUGCACUUGUGUCAAGUGUUGGACUUAAGCUGGUUGGACCAUAUGAUAUUCUUGCUGGAAAACACAAAAAAGCAAAAGCAACAGAUGUGAACUUCAAUCUUCAUUGGAGAUUCUUCUAUGAUCCUCCAGAAUUUCAGACUAUACUUGUUGGGGAUAGCAGAACACAGUAUCACAUGGGAUAUUUCAGGGAUGUGCCAGAUGAGCUCCCAGUGUGGGUUGGUGCAAAUGAAGCAAAGAAGGGUUGUGUGAUUUCACAAGUUGGUGAUAAUGUCUUUGCUGCAGUCAAAUUAUUUUUGUCAAAAAAACUUAAGGAAGUGGCUGAUAAAAAGAAAAAUGCUGUUUUGAAAGACAUAGAUGAAAAGCUAACAAGAACAGCAAAAGAACUGGGUUAUUCUCUGGAACAAAAAACCCUGAAGAUGAAACAGAGAGAUAAGAAAGUGGUGACCAAAGCAUUUCAUGGAGCAGGCCUAGUUGUUCCUGUAGACAAAAAUGAUGUUGGAUACAGAGAACUUCCUGAAACAAAUGCUAAUCUUAAAAAAAUUUGCAAGGCCAUUGUUGAUGCACCGACUGAUGAGGAGAGAGUGAAGGCCUUUGCACCCAUUCAAGAAAUGCUGACCUUUGUUCAGUUUGCUAAUGAUGAAUGUGAUUAUGGAAUGGGGUACGAGCUGGGCAUGGACCUGUUUUGCUAUGGAUCACAUUACUUCCACAAGACGGUGGGCCAGCUGCUGCCCCUGGCUUACACGCUGCUGAAGAGGAACCUCUUUGCCGAAAUCAUCGAGCAGCACCUGGGCAACCGGCGGGAGGAGGGCCUGGAUCGCCUGGCGCCCUGAGCCGGGCACGGGGGCUGCGGCUGGGGCGGCCCUGCGCGCCCGGGACCGGGCUUGUCUGUGUGUCUGUGUGUCUUUUUGUACUUGGUGGCGGUGUCCCCUCGGUCAGUAAAGGUUUUCUAAGGAACGCGCUGCUUCCCGCUGCUGGCUGCGCACGGCGUGCCCGGGCGGGGAGCGGGGCUGUGGGGCCGCUGGGGCUCCAGGGCAGCACGGCGGGGGCAGGCCGCUGCCCGGGGCCGCUGGGGCUCGCUCAGCACCCGCCCUGUGCCAUACGCAAACAGAUCCCCACGUCCUUGCUGCAAGUGAUGGUUCUGCCCUUCUCCAUUUCUCCAGUUGUGUCCUACCCCUCAGGUAAAGCAUUCCUUACUGCAGCAUUCCCUUCUGUGGCAAAGCACUAUCCCUGCUCCUGCGCUGCUGGAGCUGGUUCAGGUGGGAGGAAACUGAUGGGAUGAAGGAAAUGCUAACUGACAUUACAAGAGAAAUUGGGAAUUCCACUGCAGUUGCUACCUUGCUAAUAAGAAGCCAUCUCCAGUUUUAAAUAUUUAAAAAUUAAACCCAAGUGAUUUUGUACAAGGUGCAAAUUAAUUGCGUUCAAGGUCCUUAGUCCCCACUUCUUGUUACUACACUUGCAGGUGUAUUCUCUGACAAUUAAUUAAAGUAACAGUUUACAAA